AAGCGCGUCGGGCCGGACAGUAAUAGCAGGAACACCCCUCCGAGGGGGACUUGCCGGGUUCCAGCGCUGUAUCCUGUCUGGAGCUGGGCCUGGGCUGGGGUGAGCGUGGAUGGUUGGUGGUGGAUGAUUAUGUGGAAGUCAUGGCACAAGUAGAGAAGAAAGUGGGGCUGCUGCGGAAGUCCUCGGCCUCCAAGAAGCCCUUGAAGGAGAAGGUGGUGUUGAUGUACGAUGAGAUCUUUGCGAAAGAUGAUCCCACCAAAUUCAACCCGAGAUUCUGGGAUGAAUUGUUUCUUAUGAAGGUGAACUUAGAAUACCUGGAAGCCAAGCUAGAAUCUCUGGAUGGAGAAGAAUUAAUGAAGAUUAAGGAUAACAUUAACAGUCUGUUCCAGCAUUGCAUCCAGGCUCUGAAGGCCGAGCACCAGAUCCGCGUCGUCAAUGCGUUGCAGACCCUGUGUGCUUUAAUUCGGGGCGUUCAUCAGAAGAACAAGCCGACGUCGGGGUUCGACAUCAUUAACAUGCUGAUGGGGUUCGAUAAGGCAGAACUUCGAAUGAAGAACCUGAUGGAAAGUCUGGAUAUUCUCCUCUGUGGGGACGGCUCUGAGAGCUUAAAGAGCCUCUGCUUGAAGCUGCUGCUCUGUCUGGUGACGGUGACGGAUAACAUCAGCCAGAACACCAUUCUGGAAUAUGUAAUGAUCAAUAGCAUUUUUGAAGCGAUCCUGCAGAUCAUGUCCAAUCCCCCGAGUCGCAGGGAGCAUGGCUACGACGCUGUUGUUUUGCUCGCACUUCUUGUCAACUACAGAAAAUAUGAGUCUGUCAAUCCGUACAUUGUGAAGUUGUCUAUCGUGGAUGACGAGGGGACGCUGAAUGGGAUGGGCCUGGUCAUCGCCCGGGCAUUGUUUGAAUACAACACGCAGUACAGAGACAAAGAAGAGGAGAACCAGACGGGCUUUUUCUCUGCCCUGUCCAGCAUGGUGGGCAAUAUGUUCAUAGCGGACGCGGAUGAGAAGAUCUCCGUGCAAUCUGAUGGUGGAAUUCAUAAUAACCCACAUGAUGAAGGAGUUUCCUAUGGAUCUUUAUAUACGCUGUAUACAGAUUAUACACAAGCUCCUGUGCUACCAGAAGAAGUGCCGAGUACGACUUCAGUAUACCUGGAGAGAGCUGUGGUCAGCUCUCAUAAACUUGUUGAAGUUCCUCUUGUCUUACGAGACGGCUCUGCUUGCAAAACACAACAUCUUUACGUUGGCUCUGAUGGUCAUCAAUUUGUUUAAUAUGUUUAUUACAUACGGCGACACCUUCCUCCCAACGCCGGGCAGCUACGACGAGCUCUACUAUGAAAUCAUCCGAAUGCAUCAGAUAUUCGACAAUCUCUACUCUAUGGUUCUUCGUCUUUCUACCAAUGCGGGGCAGUGGAAGGAACCCGCCAGCAAGGUGACCCACGCCUUGGUCAACAUCAGGGCCAUUAUAAACCACUUUAAUCCUAAGAUCGAAUCCUACGCCGCCGUGAAUCACAUCUCGCAAUUAGCCGAGGAGCAGGUAUUGGAAGUCGUACGAUCCAACUACGACACACUGACGCUAAAGCUGCAGGAUGGCCUUGACCAGUACGAGAGAUACUCUGAGCAACACAAGGAAGCCGCUUUUUUCAAGGAGUUGGUUCGAUCGAUAAGUAUCAACGUCCGAAAAAACCUCGCCUUCAACACGCUGAGCCAAGAGACGCUACUGAAAGAGUUUUCCACCAUCUCCUGAGACGAGCGCGGUGAACGACGCAACGCGCCUGCCCUACUACCAUCGAUGAAGACCCUUCCAAAACUCCCGGCCCACCUCGUCUGUGUGUCUGGAACCAUGUCUGCUCAUAUAAGUGUUGGCAUGAUCAAGCAGUAUUGUCAUCCCACUGGAGUUUACCCUCCCCCCCACCCUACCCUCCUCCUGCUUUCAACUGCCAGUCUGCAGCAGCUGGAGGAUUUCGAGAAGGAAGGGGGGCGGAAUGGGUCAAAGUUGAAACACAGCCGUUGUAAAAAAAUAAAUAAAAAUGGGGGCUGAUUUAAGAAAAGUGGAGUAGAGAAAACCCGCGAGCUAGAUCGGUGCCGCUGCCCAGCGCGAUUUCUACCACCAGGAAAUGGAAUUUAAUUGCCCCACGUAACGGGUCUACAUUUGCCCCGCUUUUCCUAGAUCAGUCCCAGUGUGAUAUAUUUCUGGGGGAAAAAAAGAUAAAAAGAUGCAGUACGUCUCUUGAAUAAAUUGCACCUUUCCCAGUG